UUCAAACUCAGUGUCACUCGGGCAAGUGAUGUGAGAGAUUGUGCUACAGUAGUAAAUUUGUUGACUGAUAGUGAUUGAAAAGUUGAGAACGUUGUCGAACUUAAUUUUUUUGUCAGUGAAAUCUAAAUCCGAUAACUGAGCUACCUAACGUGACUGAACAAUAAGCUUUACAUUAAAUUUGAUUUUGAAUCCUGCAAUAACCUUGAGGAUGGAUGAGUUCUGGCGAGAUACGACAUAGGAAAGGCUGUUUUCUCCCUAAACAUCUUAAUAAUUAAUUUGUCUGAAACGAUGUCAGUCCCAGUUGAAAAAAUAUACUCAGCAGGAGUAGUAUGCAACUGUGCGUGAAUUAUUUAAGUAGCAGUGAGUCGACCAACAUCGAUGAGUGGGAAAGUGAAUGAUGCGAAUGUGAUACGGCAGUCAUAGAUAGCCUAUUAACUCGAAUGCCAAGCUCUGAUGCGUACCACGAUUGAAGUUUGAAGACAGGCUAACUCAGCGGUCUCAGCCUGCGUUGUGCGAACACUGAACAUAGUUUUACGAGAACCUCAUCUCUGGCUUGUCAUUCUUUUGAUAUGAAUAACUGAUAUUAACAGUCAUGCAUAGCUCCGUUAAACGUUAUGAAGAUGUUCCUAUGGAUGAAAAGCAAGCCCCGAUGUUGCUAAAGAAGCCGGGCAAGCGAGGACGACCUAGAAAACAUCCUCUACCCUCCUGCCACGAACCUCCACAGCCGAGUACAUCAUACGGGCCUUCUGGGCCAACCCUGAGUGACAAGGCAGAGCGAUGCACAGCUCUUGGCCCUGGCGUCACGAGGGGUGAUCAUGUUAUGGAGGAAGUCUCCGGGCUGCCCGGUGCGUAUUGCUGCCAACUACAUACGCAUGCACAACGUGCUGGGGGCAGGAGCCUCUCACAAGCCGCUGCUGCCUCCCAACCUGGGAAGCGAGGCUGCUGCUGGCGUCAUAAAGGCGCUGGGUAGCCCAGUCUUGUAUGGUGUUACAUUUCUGACGUUGCUCUCGUCUGCCAAGGCGCUGGGUAACCCAGUCUUGUAUGGUGUUACAUGUCUAGACGGCAUCGAAGAAUUCUUCGGGCACAGCCAGCUCGAGCUCCUCGGCUCUUCCAUCUUCCCCAUCAUCCACCCCGAUGAUCACGAACUAUUUCGAGCUCAACUCCAACCUAAGGAGAGCACGCGGCGCUCCUUCUUCUGCCGCAUGGCUGAGCGCUGCCUCGCCCGCGGCGACUCCAGAAGAUAUGAAAUAAUUCACGUACAGGGCCACCUGCGCCCCAUCCCUCCCCCGCCCGGCCCUCCUCUCCUCCUCAAGUCCGAGGACGACGGGGACAUGGCAGCCUCGGGGGGCGCCUCUCCACCCGUCAGGCAUCGCAGGAGUACCCGGCAUUACGGUUCGCUCAGCUUGUCGCAGCCCUCCGAGGACGACUCGUCGGGGUCUGAAGAAGUCAUGAGGGAACAGGCCCGGGAGUCCCACCUCCUGGUCAGCCUCGUACAGCUCAUCAAGGAGCGUCCCAUCACAGAGCUGUCCCGCCUUGAGACUAUGAAGGAUGAAUACAUCACACGCCAUGAUGUGUACGGCAACAUCCUCUACACUGACCACAGGAUUUCCGUGGUCACGGGGCACAUGCCGGAGGCGGUGCGCGGGGCGUCCGCCUUCAUGUACAUGCACAGGAGCGACAUGCUGUGGUCCCUGCUGGCACAGAAACACAUGUUCAGCACGGACCAGGGGCAGGGUGUGGUGUCAUACAGACUGCGCUGCAGCGACAAUAGCUUCAUUACGCUGCGCUCACGUGGUUUCCUGGAGGUCUGUAAGCAGACAGGCAAACUUGAGUCUUUUGUCUGCAUCAACUCCGUCGUGAGUGACCGCAACGCUGACGAGGAGAUCAGAGGCCAGCGUCGCAAGCUACUGCCGCUCUUCUCAGGCUGCAACGCCAACGAACUGCUCACCAACAUCACCUCCGAGUUCCCUCCGGAGCUCAUGGAGAUGAUAAUGCGAACUCUGGGCCCUGAGAGAAUCAUGAAGAUGCUAUCGUCGGUUGCCCGCUCAGCCCCUCCCUCCAAAGACCCCUCGGCUCCCUCCACUUCAUCCUGCGCGACCCUCAAGGAGCUGGGGCUCGACGAACUCGAGGAGCCUCCAUCCCCUGUAGUUUCAGCUGAAAAUGUGCCGCCAAAACCCUGCAAACGCCCCCGCUUAUGCAAUCAACGCAGUCAAGAGGGCGCGUCUACCUCGCAAUGUGGUCGGUUUGUAGCUCCCAACGAAACUGUUCUUUCGACGACAUCGAAACUGGACCCUCUAGACGACCGAGGCCUUCAGCGUAGCAGUAACAAGACCGAUGUUAACAACUGUGACAGUCGGGAAGUGAAGAAAUGUUGCAGACCUUCUGAUUUAACGGGUUCAUUUAAUGUCGAGAUGACGCCAGUUGCAAACGCAAGUGUAUCGCCACCUCAAUGCUAUGAAUCGUUAUCAUAUUCAGCCACGCCUGAGAAGCCAAUGCCUAUCCCCAAUCAAAUCUCACCUUUCCAAAAUGAUGCCUCGUGCAGAACAUUAAUACAGAACAGGAGCAUAGACUUGCAGAUGAAGACUCCAAUAGUAUUAAAAACCUCGCAGCAGAUGUCCGGUUCAACGUCCAAGGCUUGUGACUUUACGCCGAUCGGAAUGGAUUGUUCCGAACUUGUUGUACAAAUGUCAUCUCAUCAAAAAUUAUUGUCGGAAAACCUAAACGAGGGAACUUGGAAGACGUUAAAAGGGACUGAAGAAACUCACCAUACCACUGUAGGUGUGGCGUCACAUCAUCAACCCGGUAGUUAUUUUUUUAAUUCAGGAAAUAUGGGAAUUGCCAACACGCAAAUGAGCUCUUCACUGAAUUAUGGAAUCGGCACGUGCCACCAGAUGAGGCCGAGUCUCACUCAAACAAAUAGUCGGUUCGAUAACAGAGCUGAGUGCUUCCCGGAAAUAACAGAGGAUUUCCGCAGUCGCUCUAGCUUUUGUGAUAGCAUGAAAGGAACCACGAAUUGCGAUCGUCGCUUAUCCCAGCCAUUGUUGCAAGCUCCCUCUGUGUCACCCGAGAGUAACCAAGAUUGUUUGUUCUUUCCCUGUCCUGAACCCAGCUUGUAUUCUGACUCCUUCUCGUAUUCCUGUACUCAACCUCCCUUGACUCCUAACCCGAGGUUGUGUCAGGAUUUUCCCGCUUCCCCGCCUCUGGAGCUAUUCUCCCCCUCAUGCAUUGCGUCGAGUUUGACUAGCAACAACGAUAACAGCGAUAAGCGUUUCACGCAGCAGCCAUUGAUCAAGACAGUACAGCCGUCCUGGUCUCGCAAUCAUGGUCCAUAUGUGUCCCAGCUACCAGUUCUGAAAUUCACCCCCUCUAUAGGGAAAGAUAACCAUAUGAACAUGAGUGGUCAUGAAAAGAUUAAGGCAGGGGAAAUGGGGUCGAUGUACAAGCAACAAUUCAGGUCGCCGAAUAAUACUGAUUGCUCGCAAAUGAAUGCUUUUUUAGAACAUCAAUUAUGAUGGGGCAAGAACCUUCAUAUUCUGCAACCUUAAGUACAACAUCAGCAGCUGCAACCCUGAGACUAGCUGCUUAUUAGGAGCUCACGGAUCAUUUGUUACAAUUAAACUUCUAAGUUCAAUUUUGUUACGCCAUUCGUUUCACUGCGAUACUUAAUAAGCUGGGCGGCUGAACACUAAAUAUUCAUCUUGUGAAUAUAUUUAAUCUAAUCACGAAGCUUUGAAUAUAAGAAACAUGCUGAUAAUGAAAGGGAGUUAAUAUGCACUCUGAUGAGUUUGUCUGAUGAGUCCGCAUUGUAAGAUAAAUUAUAGUCAUUUUAUAACUCUUACUCGAAUUUUCGAGAAUAGAGAUGAUCUUUUUUUUUCUUAUUGGCACACUAAGCUCGUCGCACUUGAUUAAGCAGCAUUUCCUUGCGAUGUGUUUUACUCGGCGUGUAACUCUUCAUUUCGGCUGCUGUGAGACCAACGUAUGAGCGACAGUCGCUGCCACGGCUCUUUAUUGUAUCGCUCAUAUUGAACUAAGACCUAUACUAGUCCUCGUACAAUAUACGAGCCAUUGAUGUAAGUUUGUAUCGUGCAAUAAGCCCCCCAUGUAUCGUAUAUGAUAUAUUGCUCAUCAAUUAUCGCUACUCUCUUCCUUUUAAGCGUGUGCAAUCUUCUGAAUCGAAUUAAAUGUUUUUUUUUUUCACGAGACCAAAUGUUUAAUGUUUGUGGCCUCGUGAGACUCCAGUGCUGAUACUCACUUAAAAAGUCAGGAAAUAAAUGUUCAAUGAGAGGGAUUUGUCUCACGCCUUCAAUUUAGCAGUAGAUUGGUGCACAGUCUGCGAGUCGAGACUUCAUCGUACGGUGGAAAUACAACAAUUAGAUGUGCGCCAUAUAUUUUACAUGGUUCAGGUUUUCGCAACAGAAUCGUAAUAAUGUACUUCAUUAUUUCUGUACGUAUGGCAUCUAAUAUCCCUUUAUGUAACAUAUGUGUUUACUUACUUCAUAGUCUAAUGUAAGGUAAGCAAAGUUCAAAGGUCUGGAGUUUGUGAGCAACAAAACUUCCUGCCGACUUAAGGGUGAGAUGACACCGCCGCAGAACAGAUGCUACAAGAGCAGUAACGUCAGUUCGACUUCGCAGGGCUCGUGCCCGCCUUGAAAAAACCAACGUUAAUUACUUCGGUUAUGAAGGCAUAUUGUGCUACACUAAAAUAAGAUAAUCCCGCUUUCUGUAUCAGGAUUCAUUUACCUCUGUGAAUCGCUCACAAUAAUUUGAUCUCGUAUCUGCACUGUGGUGAAUGUUAAACGUUUGCUAGCUACGCUGCGUGACAUCCGUUAAUGCUGGUGUUGUCUACAUUUCUUGAACGUCUACAUCGCACAAAAUUUUCAAUUGUAAAGCCCCAUGAAUAUGUUAUUGUUGUGUAGAACUCGUUCUGCGUGAUAAGUUUAUUUCAUUUUCUCUUUUGUAAAUAUCAAAUAUAUGUAUUUCAUUAUUAUUCGCGGGGUCGGCGCUCAAUCCAUAAACUCCCUCAGAAAACCAAGGCUACUCCGGAUUGAAUAUUUUAUUGGCUAUUCAUAUCUAUUAUUUUGUAUCGAACAUUUUUGAAACGCAGAGUUGUCGAAUUAUUAUAUUUUCUAACAGAUUUUUAACUACGAAUAUCAUUUCUUCUCUCGAGCACCAAGAAAUUCUAUGUCCUGUCUCGUGGUGCGUGCUUCAAUUCGGGCCAAAAAAUAAAUAAAUAAAUUAUUAGACUUGGUAUAAACUUCCGUCUAAUAAGCAUUAAUAAAUGCAGAUGAUAUAUUAUCAAGCUUAGACCAGGAAUAUCGAUGGGCAGGAGUAUUGCGACAGACCAGCCGUGAGAUUCCUCCCAAGCUGCUGUUGUAUUUAAUUCACUAUGAGAAGAAUUGUUGCUCCUCCUGAGUUUGUAGGGCUGAAUCCAGUCUAUUAGAAUUCCAUUGCAUAUAUUCCAUACUCUAAUUUUGUGUAGCCUACGUUUUCGUUACAUAAAUCAACUCCUUGAAUGAUGGUGUAGAAUAAAUCAUCCCUUCUCUUCCUCUGGAAAAAUAAUGCUCAUUUUAGAACAUAAUAAUCGAUUACAAUCUUGAAGAAUCCGCUAACAAAUAAUCUGUGAAUAAAAAAAUUUGAAUUCCACUCAUACUCUUCGUACAAUCAAUCAAACUUCGAUGCCAAAGAAAGCUAACUCGUACUUGGUAGGCGCCUGUAGGCCAGAUGUCGUGUAGAUUUUAAGCGCACGUCUCCUUACAUCGUCAAUGUAACGCUUCGGACGAUGUUGCGUCUAUUGUAUUGGCUCAAUAUUAUACUUUUCAACAUUUUAGAGCCCUCUUCAACAGUGUAAUUAUUUCUUGCUUGAAUUUGUCCUUUUACGAGAAAACUGCGCUCUAUUUUGCAGCCAAUUCUGUCGUAUUAUUAGCGAACAAACGCCUAUUGGCGUUUUGAACUUCUUAUUUGUUGCGUAGAGGAUUGGUAGAUGGUUAUUGAUCUAAAAUGUGGUAUUUGAGGAAGGAAAUUCUUGAUGAGUUGCUGGAGUUUCUUGCUGUGUUAUGAGGUGGGCGUGUACUGCUUAUUAUAUUAGAUUCCCAUCCUACAGAUUAACUUUCCAGGCAGGAAUUACAGAUGUACGGUUAGAUUUGUGCAUUGAGCUUCUUAUACUUUUGGUUUGAAUGAUUAUACUUUUGGUUUGAAUUAAUUUAAUAAGAAAAUUACUUGGUUGUUUUUGUUGUGUGAUAAAGAGACACAACAUAAACAUUGUAAUAAAACGAUCUGUUUGUCCUGUAUGGUUGUGGUCACUACAAUCUACAAUGCAGAGAUAAUGUACUCUGUCCUCUAUAUGAUCAAUGUGUGCCCUUUACAAUAGCCUUGUUAACAUGAAUUAAUGUGAUGUUAGAAAUAACUAAUGAAACUAAGUAGCUAUACAGAGACUCGGAAGUAGCUGAUUCCCUUCUCAUUAAUUAGUUAUCAUUUUUAAAAAUUUACAGAAUAUUAUUGUUGAAGGCUCAAUGUUAAAAAAUGGGCAGAUAUUGUUGACGGCUUAAUGAUAAACAAAGCUGUAAUUUAACAAAUGUAUUCUGUUAUCAUGAAUUUCGCUAAACUUGAUUAAAGAUGUCUCUUUUUUUCACAGCAAUUUUGCAAGCCCAGGGCAUUUCUCGGACAUCUCUCAGGGCCUUAUCCUAUACGGGACUCAGGACGAGAAAACCUCAUCGACUAUCUUGGCCAAAAUUGCAGCAUAUUCGUUUAAUUUUUCUAUAAAAUCGAAUUUUUAUUCUUAUUAUUUUUUCUAAAUAAGACAAUCGAAAUUUCUAGAAAAAGGUACGAAUUAAAAUAUUUAUUAUGCGGCUGAAAUAUAUAUUAAAGUGAUUCAAAAACGUAUCUUGAAAUGUGGUCGAUUGUUUAUACGAGUUUAUCACAGUACGCAGGCCUGCAGGCUACUCAUAGCUGACGCACGUCGGCCCUCUGAAGAAACAGUACACUCGAGUUUGUACAUUACCUAAAUUCGUUAGCCUUAAGAUAACAUUUCCAUUGAUUUGGCAAGACAAUAAAGUAAAAUUGGCUUAUUCUAUGUGGUUGUUCGUUUCAGGUCUGGAAUAUUCUGUAGCCCCUGGAAGCUCUGUAGAUGUUCGCGGACAAAAUACGAUUACCUGCCUUGUACAAACGCCGCGCCUCAGUAGUGUAGAGGUCAGGGUACGUAGUUAACCUCGUGUAGACAACAUAAGUUACUGGCGCGUUAUGAACAUCGUACUUUUGUAAUUUAUGUAGCGCUUACCUUCUUAGAAAUGCACUGCAAUGGUAGAUUUAAUGAGUGUUAUAUUUUGCUUCACUACCUUCAUGAUGCAGCUACGACUGUUCUAAGUCAGACUUGCUUGUACAGGGUUAUCCUAAAUGAUGGACCCAAUUUAAUAGAUUCGUAUUUAUUUAAAUAUAAUUU